CUGGGCGGGGAGCUCUCUACUCUGAGCUGCUGGGCAUCGAGCUGAGGACUUACAAUCCACCACUGGUCGUCCUGGAGCACAGAGACUAUCUGCAGCCAAGAAACAGGAAGUUCUCUCUGCCUUCUUUGAGCAGCAGAUGGUGAAAGUCUGAGGAAGUGACGCUCUAAAAAAAGAAGUGACUCGUACCCUACAGGAACAUUCUUCUCAUCGCCUACUCAAUCUCCCAUUAUGGCUAUAGUCGUCCAAUCCAGCCCCCUCCUAUGGACACGGUUGGCCGCCAUGGUCUUCUCCUGCGUGGCCUUCUCCGUGGCCGUCCACGGCGCCCGUGUCUUCCACGGCACCGGUGACUGGUGCAUCUUCUGCUGGGCCUUCUCCUUUGCCGGCACUCUGCUCGUCCUCCUGGUGGAACUGUUUGGCCUUCAGACCAGAGCGCCCGUCUCCUGGAAGAACUUCCCCAUCACCUUUGCCUGUUACGCCGCCUUGCUCUGCCUGUCCGCCUCCAUCAUCUUCCCGCUCUACUUCCUCAAAGGCAGUGGAGGUCAGAGCGAGAUCCGCGACUACCGCAUCGUGGCGACCGUCUUCUCCUGCCUGGCCACCAUCGCCUACAUGAGCGAGGUGAGCAUCAGCAAGGCGCGUCCAGGAGAGGUGGCGGGCUACAUGGCCACCGCCCCCGGCCUGUUGAAAGUCUGCGAGACCUUCGUGGCCUGCAUCAUCUUCGUCUUCAUCAGCGACCCCGUGUUGUACGACCGCCACCAUGCGCUCAAGUACUGCAUGUCCGUCUACUGCAUCUGCUUCAUCUUGUCAGCGGCCAUCAUCCUGCUCUGCAUUGGCGAAUGCACCGGCUGCCUUCCUUUCCCAUUUGCUCGUUUCCUGUCCGCCUACGCCCUGCUGGCGGUCGUCCUAUAUCUGUCUGCAACCAUCAUCUGGCCCAUCUUUAAUUUUGAUCCCAACAAUGGCGGAUCGAAACAAAGGCCCUACAACUGCAGCAGCGCAAUUGGUGUCUGCACAUGGGAUAAGUGCUUAACGGUGGCCGUGCUCACCGCACUUAACUUCAUCCUCUACCUGGUGGAUCUGAUCUACUCCACCCGCCUGGUGUUUGUCAGCGCCUGAGUGGAGAAAGAGCUCGCCAGAACCGCAGUUAGCUCCAGAUAAGAUUCAAAUUUGGCAUUUUUGUAAAAGUUUCUGAACGCGCUAUUAAAUACAGUACAGUGCUUCAAAGCAAAUAUGUCUCGUCUGUUGGUUCAGUUGAAUCCACAAAAGCUGAAGGAGGUUUUUGGGGCGUAAUCGCAGCGGACUGACGCUGACAAUAUGUUUGAUACUUCAGUACUUUGUGAUUCCAUGUUUUAGAACGAUACAAUCUGAUAUUUUAAUGAUCAAUCGAUAAGAGCACCAAAGCUUUACAAAAACCAAAAAUCAGAAACAGGAAUAUCUUUUGGUUUUGACUUGUUGUAGCAUACAUCAGUUUAAAUACUUUUAUCCUUAAAACCCCAUAGCAGACUGUUGGAGUCAUACCCAAACUAGUUUUUUUGCAAAAUUGUUGUGUAACUCAAUUUGCAGUUCCAAAUUUGCAAAGAGUUUACUGCAGUCCUAAAGUUGUCCAAAGUGCUUCUGUAGUAGUCGAGGAUGUACCAGAUAAUGCUCUGGAGGAAGUAAACAUGGCAAGUUCGGCUGUCUGGUUUAAGUAGUCAAAUAAAAAGGUUUACGUUUUGAUGCCCUCAAACUCAACAGACGUGCCAAAUUUGAUUUUGUGUGGAGUGUACUGCCCGCCUUAGGACCACAGAGAUAGGUGGAGAGGCUGUGUUAUUGGAUAUGUUUACACGUACAUCAAUAUUCCCUUAAAUUACAGAGGCUUUCUGUUCAUGUGUGGGAGCGAGGAAAUGUCAAUCUCAGAGGCCUUGAUAGACUUGUGUCUUGGCUUUGAGAGACCUGAAUGUUAUUGCUGGAACAUGCUGAUACUAAAAACCUUUAUUUCUCCAGUAAUAACCCUUGUUAGCAGUUGUAAUAGUCAAGUAAAAAGAUUGCAUCAUGUAUAAGGUGUUAUGGAUCUGGAUAUAAGUAAGCUAUAAAAAGAAUCUCAAGCUCAGCCCCAUACACUCCAAACAUAUUCUGUGUUAAAAUACAAAGAAAAACCUAAGACGAUGGCGUCUCAUGUGAUUUUGUUUUAAUUUUUUGUAUAUUUUUUAUGUCAGUGCUCUGCCUUAAGUUUGUUUUCUAUAAAAAAGAUUGCCGAGCAGUAUUCUUUUUCUUGCUGAAUAAAAUACAUUAUAUUAUAGAAACAUAUAAAAACAAGAAAAGACAUAUUUGAAGAUUUCAAAUUGGCAAACCAACUUAUCCAAGUCCAAGUUUCAAACCUGUUUAUUUUUAAAAAGUGUUGUUGUUAACUGAUCAGAUUGUGAUUGUCCUAUUUACACAGCUCUUAGACAAGGACAAGUUGGUAAAAAGGUAUUGCUAGGCUACAUGAUAAAUGCUAGGCUAGCUUUUUUUUUCUCUGUUAUGUAUGUGCAUAUGCAUGCUUCAAUGAAUGGCAAGAAUAUAUAUGUUCAUAUGCAAAAGUGUGGAUUUAAAAACAAUGUUUAAAGUGCACUUAAUCUUGGUCCGGUAGUGGUUAAAUUCCAGGUGUCUCCAAAUGCCAAGAAACUGGUUAAUAACAACUUCCAUCACUUAAAGAUUGGAUCUAUUGGCUUUGUACUGCUGUAAUACAGAGAAAAAUGUAUUUAAGGGUGAUUUUUCUCUUCCUCAAUGUUGUUAGUGCCAUAUUCAACUUUUUAUAGUCCACUGUCUGUGUUUUGUGCUACUCCACAUCAAUGUUAUAGGAAGACAUAAUCCAGUGUUUCAAUAAACCACAUGGUAAACAGA